UCGAAGUAGCAACUGCAUCUGCCGGGCGGAUGGAUAAAUACAUAAGACGCGUUGCUGUGGUCACUGGUGCUAGUGCGGGAAUAGGAGCAGCCAUAACACAGACGCUGCUUCGUCAUGGCCUGACUGUUGUAGGACUCGCUAGGAGGGUGGACAGGGUCAAGGCACUGGAAUUGAAGGAUGCUCCAGGCAAGCUGCAUGCUGUACAAUGCGAUGUGAGGAAUGAAGAGCAAAUUGUCAAUGCAUUCAAAUGGAUAAAUGAAAAUGUUGGAGGUGUUGAUGUUCUGAUUAAUAAUGCUGGUGUAGCAGGUCAUUCAGACAUUACUGAGGCACCAACAGAGGAAUGGAGGAAAAUUCUAGAAAUUAAUGUUCUUGGACUUAGCAUCUGCACAAGAGAGGCUGUACAAGGCAUGUUACAGAGAGGAGUUAAUGAUGGUUUUAUUAUCCAUAUUAGCAGUAUUUCUGGCAUUUAUCCCCCAAGAGCCUCAAAUUUUAGCAUGUAUGGUGCAAGCAAACAUGCAGUUCAGGUACUGACAGAGGGCUUAUUAAAGGAUUUAGCUGAAAGAAACUCUGGAAUCAGAGUUACGUCAAUAUGCCCUGGGUUAGUAAAAACUGAGAUCAUGGAUAACAUGAAGCAUGUAGAUAAAGAAAAGGUCUACUCACAGCUACCACAUCUGCAACCAGAACAUGUUGCUAAUGCUGUUGUGUUUGUUUUAUCACAGCCGCCAAUUGUCGAGGUUCCUCUACUUGUAAUAAAGCCUGUUGGACAGAGGAGUAUUACUGAAGUGAAGUAAACAGUUGAUCAAAGCCUCUUCAGAGACAGUGAAAUGACAAAUAUCAUCUUAUUUGAUGUUUUAUUUCUAUACUAAUCACCUGUGCUAAUACAAUGCUUAAUUUUGUUGAAGUUCUGGAAUAUUAUCAUUACACUCCAUUCACAUGAAAAAACUGAACUCUACGGUCAUCAGAUUUGAUACUGAAAGGCAGUGGUUGUCUACUAGAUGCUGUUUACAAAUUUGCUCUAAAAAUAAAAACAAAAAUGAUAAAUAUUACACAUUGAA